AUGGCUGCUGCUGCUGACCGAAGCUCGAUGGACAUCGAUAGCAAUGAUCCUCGCCUGAGCUCUCCGUCUCCUGCCACCAACGGAGUCAAUGGAGCGCAGAAUGAGCGUAGCCCUACCCCGCCGCCUCAUACGUCCAGCGGCGCCACAGCCGAUGCCGACUCUUUCAAGUUGGCCGGGAACAAGUUCUUCAAGGAUGGAAACUUUGCCAGAGCUAUUGAGGAGUUCAACAAGGCCGUGGAAAUUAACCCUAACUCCUCCGUUUACCUGUCCAACCGUGCGGCCGCUCACAUGUCCGCUCAUCAUUACUUGAAUGCCCUGGAAGAUGCCGAGCGGGCGCUCGAACUCGAUCCCUCCAACUCCAAGAUCAUGUACCGUCUGGCCCGAAUCCUGACCAGUCUGGGUCGCCCGUCCGAGGCCCUGGAGGUCCUUGCUCGGAUUGACCCCCCUGCGUCGGCGACCGACCGUGCCCCCGCCGAGAAGAUGCAGCGAUUCAUCACCCAGGCGGAAGAGACCCUGUCGCAAGAUCGGGGAGUGUCCAUGGUUGUGUUCUGUCUUGACCAGGCGAAGCAACUCCUGGGCCAGGGUGUGAAGGAACCUCGCAAGUGGACUCUGCUGGCCGCCGAGGCCCAGCUGAAGAUGGGCAAUGACAACUCGCUUGGAAAGGCCCAGGACAUUGCCAUCGGCAUGCUGCGAGAGAACAGCCAGGACCCCGAUGCGAUGAUGAUCCGCGCCCGUGCCUUCUACGGCAUGGGGGAGACUGAUCAGGCGUUGAAGCUGUUGAAGAUGUGUCUGGGUCUGGACCCGGACAUGAAGCAGGCGAUCAAGCUCGUUCGCACGGUGCAAAAGCUGGUCCGCACCAAGGAAGAAGGAAACGCCGCUUUCAAGGCCAAGGACUACCGCAAGGCCAUCGAUCUGUGGACUCAAGCCGUGGCGGUUGACCCGAGCAACAAGGACAUGAACGCGAAGAUCCUGCAGAACCGUGCCCAGGCCCAUAUCAGCCUGAAGGAAUACGACAACGCGGUCAACGACUGCAACGAGGCCCUGCGCUUGGACCCGUCGUACAUCAAAGCGCAGAAGGUGCGUGCCAAGGCCCACGGUGGAGCCGGCAACUGGGAAGAAGCCGUGCGCGACUACAAGGCCGUGGCGGAAAGCAACCCCACCGAAAAGGGUAUCCAGGAAGAUAUCCGCAAGGCCGAGUUCGAGCUCAAGAAGGCGGGCCGGAAGGACUACUACAAGAUCCUUGGGGUCAGCAAGGACGCCACGGACCACGAGAUCAAGAAAGCCUACCGCAAGAUGGCCAUCCUGUACCACCCGGAUAAGAACCGUGAUGGCGAAGCCGGUGAUGAGAAGUUCAAGGAAGUUGGAGAGGCCUACGAAACUCUGAUUGAUCCUCAGAAACGUGCUUCCUACGACAACGGUGACGACCUCAUCGAUCCCUCCGACAUGUUCUCUGGCGGCGGCUUCGGCGGCAUGGGAGGCAUGGGCGGUAUGGGUGGAAUGGGAGGCAUGGGUGGUAUGGGCGGUAUGGGUGGCUCCCAUAUCAACAUCGAUCCCAACAUCCUGUUCAACAUGAUGAACGGCGGCGGUGGUGGCGGUUUCGCCCAAGCCGGUGGCAACCCAUUCGGCGGUGGCCAGUCUCGGGGCGGAUUCCCCGGAGGAUUCCCGUUCUAA